AGGUCGUUUUCCCCAGCUGGCGUCACUGGCUGCCGGUGUCUGCUAUAUUGUUACAUGCAUCGCAAGGGGACAGUGUGGUGCUCAAGUAUUUUCGUAUUUGGACUGUCUAAUCACUACAUAAGACAGGACCCAAAUCAUCACGGUGUUAGAUUAUGUUGAACGGUUCGUCGUCGUCUCCCAAAACAGUCGCCAUGGGGCAAAAUAUUCAGGUACGACCACGUUUAGUUCUUGCCGCUAUCGUGACAUUAGCCGUUUUCGUUUUAUUCGUAAUUCUUCGAUCGUGUAGUUCUGAACAAAAUGCAUCGCGUGACAACUUGUCGUCAGUGCCGUCUUCAAGCCUUGUCAUGAAACUUCAGCAGAAAAACAAGUACAACUCGACGUACCCAAUGUCAAAUCCCGAACAGACAGCCAGUGGCAUCAGAUUUCGAAUUGGGGUCAUUUCUGAUUUAGACGAGGCGUCAAAGGUUGAGGAUAAAGACAAUAUGUGGAAGAGUUAUUUUAAAAAGGGUUAUCUUACGAUAAAUAGUCAACUUGAUCAAGUUCUUGUUGAAUGGGACAGCGAUGUUACUGUGCUGACGUCGACCUUGUCACAGGGCGGACGUGGCAUGGAGUUGUCAGAAUUACAAGUUUUCAAUGGUAAAUUGUACAGUGUUGAUGACCGGACUGGUGUUAUAUACCUCAUCGAAGGAGAUAAAGCAAUAGCCUGGGCAAUAAUGCCUGAUGGCGAUGGCAAAGUUGCAAAAGGCUUCAAGGGUGAAUGGAUGGCACUGAAAGAUCAGAUCUUGUACGUUGGUGGACUGGGAAAAGAAUGGACAACUACUACAGGAGAACUUGUAAAUCUGAAUCCACAAUGGAUAAAAUUAAUCACCCCUGAUGGCGGUGUCCAUCAUCUUGAGUGGGUUGAAAACUAUAAUAUGAUGAGAAAAAAAGCAGGGUGUGAAUGGCCAGGCUACAUGAUUUUUGAGUCUGGAGUAUGGAGUGAGAUCCACCAACGAUGGUUUUUCUUGCCUCGUCGAGCAAGCACUGAAAAAUAUGACGAACUGUCUGAUGAGCGGCGUGCAACAAAUCUCCUAAUAUCGUGCAGUGAGGAUUUUUCAAACUGUAAUGUUCGCAGGAUUGGCGCUCUUAUCUUAACGCAUGGAUUCUCAUCAUUUAAAUUCAUUCCUGGAACAAAAGAUGCAGUUAUCGUAGCUCUCAAGACUGAGGAAGAUAAAGGGAAAAUCAGUAGUUACAUUCAUGUUUUCAAUAUAAAUGGACAGAUUAUUUUAAAAGAGACUAAAAUAGCUGACAGCAUGAAAUAUGAAGGCAUUGAAUUUAUAUAAUAAGUGGCCAUGGAGUGGAAAUGUUGUAUGUAUUAUACAUUCCAAUCAAUAAAAUUAAAAACUGUAUUCAUCUAAAAUAUUGUACAUAAUCACACAUGGUAAUGCUUUCUACUGAUUGGGGUGAAUGGGUGGGUUGGUGUAUUUGCUAGACAUUUGGUGUGCAUCAUGCCAUUUUUAACACUUCUUAAACAGUUCUUGUCUUUAUACAAGGAAAAAAACAUUACUCCUGGUGAAAUAUGAAAAUUUGUCCGCAGCUUCCAGUUUCAAACGCUUACUGUAAAGGGGGUAAUUAUUCACUGGGUUUUAAUUUAGCUUAUUUCGCUGACUGGAAAAUGUGCUAAAUUAAAACCCAGUGAAUAUGUAAAAUUUAGCAUAGAACACAUUACCUAAAUGACGAAACCGUGAAUUUAAAACCCACUGAAUAUGCCUGAAAUGGUCAAUCAGUGAAAUUUAAACCCAGUGAAAAUUAAUCAUUUUACAGUACUUAAAUUGCAAAAGUGCUUCUAUAGACAAAAAGUAAUGUUUUAGUGAUUCAAUAUCUGACAAAUAUGUCUUUGUUUAUAUUUUCAGAGACCUCUAAAUUAACUUAUAGGCAUGUAACUUUGAUUGGUAAUGCUCUCAACACAUUUUCUGUUGACUCCAUGUUAUUACGGGUACCCAUGGAGACUUUCAGCAGACAAUAAUAAAAUACAUGUAUAAGCAUGGUUAAUAUUAUGUUUUGCAUACUGUAAAAAAUUAAUUAUUCAUUGGAUUUUAAUUUUGCUUAUUUCGCUGACUGGAAAACGCACUAAAUUAAAAUCCAGUGAAUGUUAAAUUUAGCAUAGAACACAUUAUCUAAAUGAUAAAAUUUAAAACCCACUGAACAUGCCUGAAAUGGUAAAUCAGCAAAAUUUAAACCCAGUGAAAAUUAGUCAUUUUAUCAUAUGUAGCUUUUAAAUGAACAAUUGAAUGUCAUUUGUUCAGGUGAAACCAGCCAUAGUAACAGAUGUUUGAACACAUUUGCAUGGCUAAUGAGGUAAACCAACCAAUCACAACUAGGCAGUUAUUGUAGUUGACUUGGGAUGUCUUCUAGGCCAACAAAUGUCCAAGAAAUUUUUAAUUAUCAUCAAAGCUGCAAAAAUUGACAAUAUGAUGUAAAUAAUUAUGCUAGUUUUUAAUUUGUUGUGAAAUGUUAAGGAUAAUGAAUAAAAACAAUUUUUAAUACUUUAUGUUCUGUAGAACACGAUACAAGUGUUAAUGUCACUACAAAUAUGGUGUUUACAUUACCAUGGUCAUAGCACCACGUGUUUCGUACUUGAGACGUGUGUAAUAUGAGAAAAAAGCAUUGUUUAUUAACACAAAAUACCUUCUAAAAGCUGCUAUGGGCAUACCAAAAUCAAUGAGUAAAGUGUCGGCAGGCAACAUGUAAAGAGGUAUGCAACUAUACUGUUCAUUACUGUGAUGUGUGCUAUGUUACAAAAAAAAGUGAACUAAAAAUGCAGGGUCAUCAUACAAAAGAUUAAUAUAUUUAAUAUACAUUAAUUUAUUUUAUCAUUUUCCUGUAGGAGUAUAUUUUACAAUCACUUAUAAUUGUUUUUAAGUGUUAAUACUGUGACACUUUCUCCAAACUUGUGCUUGUAACCAAUUUUUACAUUAAAUAUUGCUGCAUAAUAUGUACACAUACAAAGUAUCUCAUUGAAGCUUGUGUUGAAAGCUAUACAACAGAUUACUGGAAAAUAUAUUCUUCAUGUAGACUAGAAAUUGAAUUAGAAUUAUUAAUUUGAUGCAAUUCGAAUAUAAAAUGGUGUUUUUUUAGUUUUGUUACAGUGAAAUACUUAAUUUUUGCCGGAUUUUACAAUGUAUUUUUUUUUGCUCGAGUUUCACAUUUGAUGUAUUGGGUGUAUGUACUGUAAAAUAUUGCGAGAAACUGCAUUUUCAGUUGUGGAAUUAGCAAAAAAAUUAUUCAUCUGCAUAUUUGUAUAUAAAUUUUGGGAAUAAACAUAGUUUAUCAUCUAGAUACACAAAGUAAGCAUCCAUGGUGAAAACAACCAACUUUGUGUGUUUAAAUUUUUGGUGGCAGUCUGAAUAACUUUAGCAUUUAGAUAUUAUUCUGCUAACUGGAAUAAAGGGCGAUAGUCGUCGCAUGAGAUGUAUUGCUAUUGUAUAUCCAAAGAUGGCCACUUUGACUGUUGCCCAGAUCAACUAGUACAAA